GUGAAUGUUAGCCGCGUUCACCUUGGCAGUCGUUAAACAGCGCUAGCGCGCUAACAUGUCCAUUUUCCUACACUGCUAACCCCAACCCUCUUGUACAGCAUUCGCAACCCGUAAUGUCCAUCUGCAGGUGGCCAGGUCCACUUCGCACAUCGGAUCUCUGACGUGCGUUCCCGUCGUCAGUCUUCCCGCUUGCUUUUUGCCGGCGAUUGUUGUUUGUUGAUUGCCCGCACGACCACUAUCAUGGUUUACAGACACCUCUCCUUUCUCUAACCUCUCUCUCGACACAGCGGGCCCACAGGGGCUUCGCAACCAAGCCUACGGCGUAUCUACCAUUGAUCAACCAUCUCGUUCCUUGACAACCACCAGGGGCAUACCAAUCACGACUCUCCAUUGCCUGUUCCCCCUGGCCGAUUGAAAGAGUUUCCACCACCCCCAACCCCCUCCGCAACCUGGGCAAUUGAAGCAAUGGCGUCCGUUAGCGCUCUCCGCACGCUGUCGGCCCCAUGUCAUACAGCCCGCCUGCGGCUGGCGAGGUCCUCGACCCUGACCAUCAGCCCUACCUCCAGCAGCGCGUCGUACCUCCUCCUCAGCCAUAAUAACCAUAACCGACCCGCCGUCGACGGCAUGCGAUAUCUGAGCACAUUACCUCCGAGAGUGGGACGACGGAUUGCCCACCAGCUCAUGACGAAAGCUCCAUACUCGACGGCCGCCGAGCAGCCUGCCUCCGGAUCCGGUACCAAGUUCGUCUACAACAUCGCCGCCUCGUACGUCGGCAAGGGCCGCCCCUUCAACCCGUCCACCCACGUCUUCCACUUCAACCCCUACCACCGCGUAUCCAAGCCCGGCAAGAAGGCGAAGUCGGCGCGCCCAGAGUCCGGCCAGGAUGCCUUCUUCGUUAGCCGUGUAGGGAACAAGCCCGGCGAGGUUGCGCUGGGCGUAGCCGAUGGUGUGGGCGGCUGGAUGGACAGCGGUGUCGACCCGGCCGACUUUUCGCAUGCCUUCUGCGACUAUAUGGCGGCUGCCGCAUACGAGAACGACAAGCAGCCGACCAAGAUUGCGGCAGCGGCGGCCAAUGGGCCACAGGCGCCUGCUGGUGGUGAUGGGAACAACAGUGGCAAUGCGCCGUUGACGGCACGCUCGCUGAUGCAAAAGGGAUACGAGGCCGUUUGUCAUGACCCGACUAUCAAGGCGGGUGGCAGUACGGCUGUAGUUGGCCUGUUGGAUGAGAGCGGCACGAUGGAGGUUGCGAACCUUGGCGACAGUGGCUUCGUAAUACUCAGGCUCAACGGCGUGCACACCGCCAGCGAACCCCAGACACACGCAUUCAACACUCCCUUUCAGCUCAGCGUGGUCCCGCCUAGCAUGUUGCUCCGCGCUGCGACCUUUGGCGGGGGACUGCUUAUCGAUCAGCCCCGCGACGCCGAUGUGACCCGCCACAAGCUGAAGCAUGGAGACGUUGUCAUCUUUGGAAGUGAUGGUCUUUGGGACAAUCUGUUCAACCAGGACAUUCUCCGUCUGGUGAGCAGCACAAUGCAGAAGCUCGGCGCAUGGAAGGGCACCGACGCUGGGGUCCAGGUCGCCGAGGACCUGACUCCCUUCACCAAGCUCGACAGCGACGACAAGCCCAUUUUCACGCUGCAGAGCUUCAUUGCCACGCAUAUUGUCAGUGCUGCCAAGUCGGCGAGCAUGAAUGCGAAGUUGGACGGCCCGUUCGCCAAGGAGGUCAAGAAGUACUACCCCCAGGACGCGUGGCACGGCGGCAAGGAGGACGAUAUCUGUGUGGUCGUGGUACUUGUUUCUGAGGAACCGGCGGACAUGGCGGCGCCGAAGCCACGCCUCUAGAAUGGAGGAAGUUUAGGGAAUACAGGACACCAUAAGAAUUCUUUGCGCAAAGCGACAUAGAAGGGGUUAAACAAAUAUCUUUUUACUGGCGGCAUCGUCGAGGAUGGAGAGCGCAUUGUAUUCUGAAACCGAAACCACCACUUUAGGGAUCUUACAUAUUGCAUAUUACACGAUUUUCUGCAUAUCAUAUCCUCAACCACGCAAACAUACCUUUAGGGAGCAUUACCAGCGGCGUUCAUAUGUUGUUUCCAUCGACGGUUCUUUGUCUUUGUCUUAGACAGAAUGUUUGGUAUCAAAACACAGAAGCGAAAAAAGAGUUGGCAUCGGAGCGACGAAAGCAUUUGGGUAUUACCAGAUAUGGAGAAUUGAAAUAGGAAGAGGUUAAAUUGACUUGAUAUGAUCUGAUAUUAACGGCGUCUCGACACCUCUUACCAAA